CGUAAAGACGAUUUUGAUGACGACACGGGGCACGAGAUACACGGCGGGCUUUCACAAGCACUUCGAGGCUAAAACCAAAUCCUGGCAGCCAUUUCAUGUAGGAGUACAUAACUCUAGACUUUGCACAUACAAAAGAAAACAAUACUAGACCCGCUGACAGCUGGGAUCGGGAUUAGCUGUUUGAUGGCCAAGAUUUGUCAGAUGACAGACAUGGUUGUUCAGAUUCUGUCAAAUUCCCGGCGAUCCCACUCGAUCAUCGUUGCUUUUGUCUCAGCGUCAGUGAAAAGAAAUAUAUUGUCUUGGAUGCCUAGGCCCGAGGCUCUGGGUGAGAAAGGCUGUUCCCGAGAAGCUGUCUCGGCAUUAUUCAAUGGACAAAAGGAAAGCCAAGUCGUACACGAAGUGAGGCUGAAAGACAGUUCCAAAAGAAGCAGCGGAUUUGACCGUGAUAUAGAAGAUCGACAUGCAAGGCGGAGAGAUCGACAUGAAAGCCUUUGUUAUCAAAGUUUCUCGACUUGUGCCCGAAGUAAUGCAACCCCGCCUUGUACAAGAAGCGCAACACUGGUCCACAACCUUGCGCUUAUUAAUUCCACGCACAGACCUGCUGGGGCUGGGAAGGGAACCGUGCCGCUUGUUCAAGAUUUGUCACACGUCAGGAGACUCGACUCCACAGAAAGUGUGAGGCGUCAGCAUGCAUGCGCUAGAAAUCCUGAUUCCAUGGGCGUGGGUAACAUCUUAUUUUCGGCCGGAAGAUUUGGGGGCUUAGGCUUGCAUGAAUAGUGUAUGUGGCAAUUAUUGGGUGUGGGUGGGUGGGUCAACGAUCGACAUGGGGCUGAAGAGUCCGGCCCACCUUCUCUGUCUAG